CAGGCACAUCUCUCGCUUGGCCGGAUCGCUGCUCGCCGGGCAGGGCAGCCCGGGAGCGUUUGGUCAAAGCCCAGCCAGGGCUGGGUUCGUGCCCGGAGCUGCCGCCCGGUGCAGGCUCCGCGGGGCGAUGCCGGCGCCGGAGAGCGCUGCGGGCUCUGCGGGGACCGUGGAGUUUGAACUCUGGCAACCAGCCACAGAGUGAAAGCCAGCGGCUGGGCACACAGGCUGAGAUGGGCGAUGAGAGAACGGAUGAAAAUGCCAGCAAAUGGCAGGGAGCGGGAGGCCAGGCGCCGCCGCGGACCCCGCUGGUGAGGGACUUUGUGUCAGACUGGUCUCCUCUACAUGAAGCCUCCAUCCACGGGCGCCUGCUUUCUCUGAAGAAGCUCAUUGAGCAGGGGAAUGAUGUCAAUCUUGUAACAGCAGACCAGGUGUCUCCUCUCCAUGAAGCCUGCCUGGGGGGUCACACUGCCUGUGCCAGUGUCCUGCUAAAACAUGGUGCUCAGGUGAAUGGAGUGACUGUUGACUGGCACACACCACUGUUCAACACCUGUGUCAGUGGCAGUGUGGCUUGCCUGAAUUUGCUGCUGGAGCAUGGAGCCAGCCUACACCCAGCCUGUGACCUGGCCUCCCCCAUCCACGAAGCUGCUAAGAGAGGUCAUGUGCAAUGUGUCGAGCUCCUUGCAUCCCGUGGGGCAAAUAUAGAUCACAACAUCAAGCACCUGGGGACUCCUCUUUAUGUGGCAUGUGAGAACCAGCAGCUGAACUGUGCCAAGAAGCUGCUUGAGUCAGGAGCGAGUGUGAACAGUGGCAAGGGCUCGGACUCCCCUCUGCACACAGCUGCCAGGAGCUGCAGUGUGGAGCUGGUGAAGCUGCUGAUGGACUUUGGAGCAGAUGUUUGGGUGAAGAAUGCUGAGAACAAGAGGCCAGUGGAGCUGGUCCCACCUGGCUGCCCUGUGGGCCAGCUGUUCCUGCAGAGAGAAGGGCCACUGUCCUUGAUGCAGCUGUGCCGCCUGUGCAUCAGGAGGUGCUUUGGAUACAAGCAGCACCAAAAAAUAACUGGACUUCUCCUCCCAGAUGAGCUGAAACAUUUCCUUCUACACAUCUGAGCCUUUUCAUGCUCAAAACAGUGCCUUUAAUAACACAGCAAGAAAUGGGUCCUGCUGCCACAAACCAAAGUGCAUUUGUGACCACUCUGCUCCCUUGGGUGCUCCCCAGGGGAGAUCAGCUGCCUGGUUCAUGUGGGAGCAAGGAUGCUGAGGCUCCAGCUCUUCUUCCACUUGCCCUGUUUCCUUCUGAGCUCUAAACCAAAGUGAUCUCAUCCCUGGGAGCAGCAGCAUCCCCUCUCCCUGAGGGGCUGCUGUGUCGCCUGAGCUGAAGGUGUCUUGUCACCCCAUGCACUUCUGUGCUUUUGGAGAUCAUUUCUCACUUGGCUGUGGAGACUCCAUGAGAGUGGGCUGGGAGUGCAGAAGCUGCUGACAUCACUGACACCAGCAGUGAGAGAUACAGAGCCUUCCUCUCACAAGUGGAGAGACUGGCAGCCUUCAAAUCUAUGGAAGCUGAUUUUGGUGUUCACCAGUGUGAGCCAUCCCUGCCUGCUGUGUGCAAGUGGAAGGUUAGAGAGGGGAGAUCAAAUGCUACCUGGAUGCUGGUAUUUGAUAUAAAUCACAACUCAAAUCCUUGUCUGCACAACAUGACUGCUGGCUGUAGGUAUCCAGUGUGAUAGUUUGUCUGCUUUGUGCUGACCAAACACAGCAGAGUUCUGUGGGACACUACAUUGUAAUGGGACAGAAUUACAGAAUUACAAACACAGCUAGGUCUCUUACUCCUCUGGUGAUAGAGACACUUGGGAAUGUGUCACUUAUCUGAUCCAAUUCAUCACACACAUUUGAGCCGUGUAAAAAUUAACUGGCUGGUUUAAGAUGGACUUCUAGAUGGUUUCCCUCAUGCCCAAGAAGAAAAGUAGACAUCUGUCUUUGCAGAGCUCAAAUAAAAGCAGGUAUCUGGGAUGGGAAGAUAUAUUCUAAAAUCAGUGUCUUGGUUAAGCUGAAUCUGCAUUGGGCAGGCAAGGAAUGGACAAUGAACCUAGUGCUUAACUUUUGGACAUUAAAGUGUGAAGAAUCUCUGCUUUGGUGACAGUGGCAAACUGGAGAUACAUCUCAUUAAAUUGUAGAUGAUGAAGAACAUUUUUAUACAUGCUAAUUUUACUUUUGCCUUUAGGCAUCUUAUUUUGUAACUUCAACUGAUGAGUUUAUAAGUAAUGAUAAUACCAGGAGGAAAUUGCUCUGAGAACCAGGUGAGAGUGUUGCUUCUAGUUUGCUUUUCUUAUGAAAAUUUAAUGGUAUGACUGUUUACUUGAAUUUCUCUGUCCAAGUGUAAUUAGGAUGAAUUCUGUAUGCUCAGCUCGUAUCAUCUCAGUGUAUUUACUUAUUUAUUUUCAUAAAAAUUGUGGUCAACACUGGUGAAUUACAGCUUUAUGCAUCAACACUUAUCCAGAUAUAAACAGUAAAAGUACAAGAUGCAAACUGAAUAAGCUCAUUAUAGGUGAGGUUUGGAAUUUUUUUCUAUAUUUGAAACCAUUCAAAAUGUAAUGCAGAACUUAAAUGAUUGUCAGGAAUAUAUUUUAUCAAAUUCAUUCAUAUUUUUAUAUUAACAGUUUAAUGGUAGUUAAGCCACAAUUUUGUAGAAUAUUUUUUCAGAAAUAAAUAGUUCUUAUUCUUUU